AAAGCGUGAUACAAAAGUAACUCGCUUGUAGCUAAAAGUUGAUAUCGAUUGAAGUUGUGUUUUGAGCAAAUUCAAUGAUUGAAUCCGAGGCAGAAUCUGAGAGAACGAAGUUGAAGCGGGAGAUAUCUGAGCUGCGAGCAGCACUCAACAGGAAGGAGCAGUGUCUGCGGGAUUUAGAAACCUUGAUUUCUGCCGCCAGAGCCGAGGAUCAUCCCGAGGAAAAUGCUAUAGGAGCACCAGGAAGAGCAGUUCACACUAAGUUGACCAACGAUGACAUUGCCCGGUACAGUCGACAGCUCAUCCUGCCCGAAUUCGGUGUCAAGGGACAGCUGAAGCUAAAGAACAGCUCGGUGUUGAUUGUGGGCCUCGGCGGAUUAGGCUGUCCGGCGGCCCAAUACCUAGCGGCAGCCGGAUGCGGUCGCUUGGGGCUUAUAGACUACGAUGAGGUCGAGCGUAGCAACUUCCACCGACAGAUCCUGCACUCGGAGGAUCGUUACGGCCUGUCCAAGGCGGAAUCGGCAAGGAUUGCCCUGUUGGAGCUGAAUCCCCACUGCGAGAUUCGCUGCCAUUCGAGGCUGUUGUACAGCCAAAAUGCAAUGCACAUCAUCCGUAACUACGAUGUGGUCCUUGACUGCAGUGACAAUGUACCCACGCGUUAUCUACUGAACGAUGCCUGCGUGAUGUUGAGAAAACCCCUCGUCUCUGGUAGUGCCCUUAAAAUGGAUGGGCAACUGACCGUUUAUAGUUAUGGAAAUGGACCUUGCUACAGGUGUAUCUACCCAGUUCCUCCGCCUCCCGAGGCGGUCACUAACUGUGGUGAUGGCGGGGUCCUGGGCGCUAUCACUGGAACCAUUGGAGCCAUGCAGGCUCUAGAGGCCAUCAAGGUGAUUGUGGGACUGGGCGAUGUACUCGCAGGACGCCUCCUAAUCUUUGAUGGCAUUACCACCGUAUUUCGCAACAUUCGCAUCCGCAACAAGCGGCCCAAUUGCCAUGUGUGCUCCACCCAACCGCUGAUUUCUGAGCUGAUCGACUAUGAAAUGUUUUGUGGAAUGCACGCCACCGAUAAGGAUCACCCCUUACAACUACUGACAUCGGACGAGCGCCUGACCGUGGAGGAUUACCGAGAUGAGCUUCAAGCAAAGCCCCAUCUAUUGAUCGAUGUGAGACCCCCGGCCGAGUUCGAGAUUUGCAAGCUGCCCGAGGCUGUAAAUGUGCCGCUGGCGGAGAUUCUUGACGAUAGCUACCUGGAGCGGUUCGCCAAGCAGCUCGAGGACAAGGAUCUGUCUAUUGUUCUGCUCUGUCGACGGGGAAAUGACUCCCAGAUCGCCGUUCAGCACGUGCGCAAUCGAUUCCCAAUGCAUUCCGUCCGAGAUCUAAUUGGCGGAUUGCACGCCUGGACAAACAACGUAGACUCCAAUUUUCCUAUAUAUUAAUUCGAAGAACGAUAUUUGAAAACAUGUAGAGUUGUUCUCUGUUUCUUUUGCAGUCGCAUUGGUUUUAUUGUAUUUACUUAGGCUCACAUCUUUUUUGUUAUCGUUGGUGUAAUAAAAUUAAUAAUGCA